CACUUUCAGAGCGACUGUAAGGGAUCCACUUUAUAUUGUUUGUUUGUGCACCAGUCAUUUGUUUAUCCGUCCUUCUAUCUGAUUGUCCGUCUGUCACGUCUUUUAUCAUGAGAGCGACUGUAAGAGAUCCACUUAAUUGACGUUUGUUUGUGUACCAGUCAUUUGUUUGUCUGUCCUUCUAUCUGAUGGUCCGUCUGUCACGUUUUUUAUCAUGAGAUUGCAUUUGAAAGAUAAAAUGGUCAAUUGGUACAAGGUUUGGAGUUGUGAAAACAGCUUAAGCAAUCCUCUGUGAUGGCAGUUGGGGAUUCCAUUACAAUUAUUGGUGUUACCGCCGUAGGUGCGCAUAUUUUACUUUUUAUAUGCAUCGUCAUAGCUUGUGUUAAAAAGUAUGGAUGCAAGAAAAGAACGAAGACACGAUACAACCAAAAUAUUAAUACAUUUUCAGCUGAUCAUAUAACAAGGCAACCCGAGUUUAACAGAUCAAUAGCAAGGAUAUCAGAUGGUGUUUUAAAUGUUAACCAAGCAUCUGCUAGGGAAUCAAAUGCCCAUAUGUCGCCGACAUUGUUAGAUGCAGUCGUACAUGGAUAUUAUGCAUCAAGACAAGUAAGGGGAGAAACAUCCUCAGAUUCUGUUAUACAUGGGUUGUUACCUACAGACCAUUGCGAUUUAGAUCGAUAUGAGGGAGAAUGUAGUGAUUCAUCAGAAGCACCAAGGUCUUCUCUAUACUUAGAAGAUGAAGUACAACAUAUGGAACCAUUCGACCUAAAUCAAUAUGAUGAAGAAUCGAGAAAUUUACCUAUAUAUCCCCCUUGUCCCCCUUAUACAGAACAAGAAGAACAAUAUGUGGAACAAUUUGUCCCUGCAGAAUACCCAGGUGAUGGUUUCCAAGACUGGCCAGAUGAACCUCCACCUGCGUAUAGUAGUUUAUUUGAAAUAGUUAGACCUGCCGAUACCUUGCUAUUAAAAUGAUGUGGACAUCUUUUCUUGAAAAUAUUUGUUGCUUUAAAACGCAGCAUGUAAAGACUAAUUGCUAUACAGUAUGUUGUUAAUUGCGUUGCAAGGCAUCGAUGAUUCAAGAUAAUAGUUUUUUGUACCGGUUUAUUCUCUUUUUCCCCUACAAUUAAUUUGAUAGUUUUAGAUAACUUUGAAUUUACUUCUGCUAUAACUGUCCCCCUUUGAGACAUAAUUUUACAAUUUUGAAUAUAUAACUGAUUGCACAAAGAUGUGAAAUAACUGAAUAACGAAUACCAAAAUAAAAACAAA